GUUCACCUCACUUGUCCCGGCGUUGACUCUCCCGUGAUCUCCGCCGGAUGGCAGCUGCCACGGCCGUCUUCGCCCCGGCCAGCGCCGCAGCUCCGCCCGUUCUUCACCACCGCCGCAGCCGCUGCCACCGCAACUACUCGUGCGGCCUUGCGAUUGCACGCUCGUCGCCAUCGUCGUGUGGCGGUGUCCGCUGGCGCCAGAUAUUGCCAUCUUGCGGCUAUGGACGCGCACGCGCCCCCCUUGUUCCGGCGUCUGACCACUGGGGCAACUGGACCUUCCUCCUGAGCACCGCCGCGCUGGGUACCUGGUCGGAGAAGUGGAGCCCCGUGGGGAAGGCGCUGACCGGAGCUCUGGUGAGCGUGCUGCUGGGUCUGGCGGCCAGCAGCGCCGGCGUGGUGGCGGCGGACGCCCCGGCCUACCGCGUGGCGCUCGACUACCUGCUGCCUCUGGCCAUCCCGCUGCUGCUCUUCCGCUCCGACCUCCGCCGCCGCCCCCGCGGCGUGUUCCGCUCCACCGGCGCGCUGCUGCUGGCCUUCCUGCUCGGAUCUGUGGCGACGGCGAUGGGCACGGUAGUGGCGUUCCGGCUCGUCCCGAUGCGGUCGCUGGGGCCGGACAACUGGAACAUCGCGGCAGCCCUCAUGACCCGCCACAUCGGUGGAGUCGUCAGCUUCGCCGCCGUUUGUGAAGCUCUUGGAGUCUCUCCAUCAGCGCGGGCAGCCGGGCUAGCUGCUGGCGACGCCGUCUGCGCACUCUACUUCACAGGCCUGUUCGCAUUAGCUGCCAUGAUUCCUGCGGAAGACUCGCAGGCAACGGGAGAGGGCUCGGAACCGUUAGCCACCGCUGGCAAUACGCCACCUGCUGCGUCAAGCGCCAUGGCCGUGGCGGCGGCGUUUGCCAUGUGCAGAGCAGGAAAGCUUGCGACGAGCAUGCUGGGGCAGUUGGGCAUAGAAGGUGCAAGCCUUCCCUUCACAACAGCAACCGUGGCGGUGGCUUUGGCAACCUUCUUCCCCUCUCAGAUCGGGAAGCUUGCGCCAUCAGACGAGGCCCUGGCUGGGAUUGUGAUUCAGGUGCUCUUCGCAGCUGUGGGAGCUAACGGAAGCAUCGGCAACGCCAUCAACAAAGCGCCCAGCGUAUUCGCGUUCGCGUCCGUGCAGGUCGCGGCGCAUCUCUUGGUGACUCUCGGCGUGGGGAAGCUGCUCGGGUUCGACGGGAAGCUGCUGCUGGUGGCCUCGGCCGCGAACGUCGGCGGCCUGACCGCAGCCGGCGGAAUGGCCGCCGCGAAGGGCUGGACUUCGUUGGUGGCUCCGGGGAUCCUCGCGGGCAUCUUGGGAAUCGCCGUCACCACCUUCGUGGCAGGUGUUUUCCUCGUUACGGUUUGUCUCUACUACCUCCCGCGGUUGAUCACCAACCCCGUCGUCAUGGCCUUCGCAAUCGUAGUCGGUUUUGGUACGUUUGUCCUCGAGAACUUCGUGGCAAUCGGUGUCGGUGUGCUUGCCCUCCUCAAGUACAGGAAGUAGCAGUGAAGCAGGGUAUGCGUUGUCAUGUCUCUUUUAACCCAUCGUACAUUCACAAGACAGAAAAAAAAGGGCCUCACUGACACUGAGUUUGGCAACCAAAUUCGUGGAAAUUCUAUCCUGAUACUAUUUUGAGAUGA